CGACCAACAUGGUCGCCGACCGGUUCAGAGUGGGAUUACUUUCGAGGUUAUCUCAAUACGCUGUCAACAACUGUCAAAACAAGACUUUAUACGACGUGACUCGCAAAUAAAUUAAACAUUAAUUUGUGGUUCCUUGAUAUCGCAGUCAAAAUGGGAAUCUUCUUCGCAAAGAAGAAGCAAUCGAGUCGUGUUACCGAGCAGGACAAAGCGAUCCUGCAAGUGAAACAAGCAAGGGAUAAAAUUAGACAGUAUCAGAGAAAAAUUGAACAAAGUUUGGAGAAAGAGCGAUUGCUCGCAAAAGAACUUUUGAAAAAAGGGAAGAAAGAUCGUGCAUUGCUCUUGUUGCGCAAAAAGAAGUACCAGGAACAAGUUUUAUCGCGUGCAGAUGGUCAGUUAGAGAAUCUUGAACGUAUGGUCCAUGAUUUGGAAUUUGCUCAAAUUGAGAUGAAAGUUGUCGAUGGCCUAAAAAUUGGUAAUACGACAUUAAAACAGCUACACGAUUUGUUGUCUAUUGACGAAAUUGAACAAAUUAUGGAUGAAACAAGAGAAGGAAUUGAAAAGCAAAGAGAAAUAGAUGAAAUAUUGUCAUCAACACUCACUGCAGAGGACAAUAUCGAUGAAAACGAAAUUGAAGCAGAGUUGGAUGCAUUGAUGGAAACAGAGUUCAACGAGAAGGCUCCUGAAAUACCAAAGGAGCAAUCUGGUGUUGUACUACCAGAUGUGCCAAAGGAUUUGCCAGAGCAAGAUAGUAAAAAUAGUAUAAAAGAAAAAAUACAAGAUUCACCCAUUAUGGUAAUGGCAUGAAAAUUUCAGCAAUUUGUACAAUUUUUGUUCAAUUAAGACUUAAAUGUAUAUAUGUACAGUGAAUACAAUAUAUAAUUUAUAAAAUUUA